AUGAAUGACACCGAGCUUUUUUGGCGGGCUUCAUUCGUUCCGCAAAUAAAAAGUUACCCUUUCAAAAGGAAUCCCAAGAUUGCUUUCAUGUUCUUGACUAGAGGUCCUUUGCCUUUGGCGCCUUUGUGGGAGAAGUUCUUCAAGGGGAAUGAGAAUCUUUAUUCGAUUUAUAUUCACUCUUUGCCUUCUUAUCAGCCUGAGUUCUUGCCGGAGUCAGUUUUCUAUGGCAGGCAAAUUCCGAGCCAGGUUGCCAAGUGGGGCAAAAUUAGCAUGGGGGAUGCCGAGAGGCGUCUCCUCGCGAAUGCCCUUCUCGACUUUUCCAACGAGUGGUUUGUUCUCGUGUCCGAGGCUUGCAUCCCAGUCCGCAACUUCAGCACCGUCUACCGAUACCUCUCUGGUACCCCACUGAGCUUCAUGGGCUCGUACGACGAGCCCAGCCCGGAGGGUCGGGGCCGCUACAACCGGAAGAUGGCCCCGCUCGUCAACCUCACCAAUUGGCGCAAAGGGUCCCAAUGGUUCGAGGUCCAUCGGGAAUUGGCCGUGAGGAUUGUCCGAGACACAGUCUACUACCCAAAAUUCAAGCGGUUCUGCCAGCCCGCGUGCUACUCGGACGAGCACUACUUCCCGACCAUGCUCACGAUCGAGUCCCCUCGUCAGUUGGCGAACAGGAGCUUCACGUGGGUUGACUGGUCGAGGGGAGGGGCCCACCCGACGACUUUUGGGCCGGAGGACCUCGAUGAGUGGUUUUUCAUGGAAAUCACCGAGCAAUCGAAGGGCUGCCUGUACAACGACCGGCCCACGUUGAUGUGUUACAUGUUCGCCCGCAAGUUUGCGCCGAGCGCGUUGGAUUCGUUGAUGGGGAAUUCGAUCCAGUGGUUCGGGUUUUGA